GUGCCGCACAUUCAGGCGCUGUGAGUUCCCCUCCAGCACAUCCCCUCAGUGGAGAAGCCGGGACACAACUAGACACAGCCUCCAGGUCCCUGCUUCCUUCUCUGCCACCGACAGCUCAGGAACUCCCCCGAGGCUGGAGUGGAGCAGAUCCCCCUUCCUCCGCCUGCCUGCCCACAGUCCCAUCGUGCAGUCGUGCAGCCCGUCGAGGCUCUCUGGGGCCAGGCCGCUGCCCCUGGACACGGGCUAAGAGGAGCCAGGACGCGACGCCGGAGCGGGAGGCAGCGUUCCCACGCCAUGCAGACUCUCGUGUGCCUCACCGCGCUGCUGCUCUGCUGCUCGCGCGCCCACACAAAUCCAGUGAGAACUGGUGCCUGCACCCUACGGCCAAUCGGCCUAAAUCCGGAUGUCCAAGUGUCUUACACAACAAGCAAGACUAUCAGAGGAUGCGUGAGCAGCAGCACUGUGGGGAAAGACCGGGAAGUCCACGUCCUCAAUGUGAAAAGCUUGACAGAGAAUCCGUUCUUGUUGCUGAACGUGUCCCUGGAAAGAAAGGCCCCCGAGAGGAAGGUGGUGUUGGCAAUCUACUCCAGCAAUCCUGGGACCGUGUUUCUUCAUUCUUGGCCUGUUAAGAUGUCCCCCAGACAGGACGCAAAGCCAAACAUCAUAUUCCGUGCCAAGGUGCUUAUCUUCGAAGACGGUACCGAAGCAAGACUAGAAAACGCUUCUCUGUCCGACAACAGCGAAGAGCUUGUGAAAUGGGCAGUUACCACCUAUGGGGGCAUUACAUCCUACACCGAGCUGGAAAACCCCCAGCACAUCUUCUUCCGUCUGGGCGAAGAUGCCAGCAGCCCCCCUGACUGCCAUCCUCAAGCAGGCUUCAAUGCCCGGCACUACCUAGAGGCCGAGCUCUUGUCCAAUGAUGUUAAAACCUGCACCAGCAACGAGAUGAAGGAGAAGGAGGCUCAUAUCCUGUGGGUGCAGGGGCCAGAGGACCCCAGCUCUUGGGAAACAGAUGUGAACGUGGAGAUGAACUGCCAAAAUGGAGAAGUGCCACAGAAUCUGCAAAGGAUGUUGGUCCUCCAAAGCCAGCCCAACAUGUCCUGGCUCCUCAACCUGCAGCAGGACAUGCAGAUUAUGGCAUCUGGGAAUUACGCUCUCCAAGGCAUUCCAAUGAAAGUUGCUGGAAACAACCUUCCCAACACAGAGCAGGGCUUGAUCAACAGGGUCCUGGAGAUGAAUUACAGCAUCAUAGCCUCGUACCUGGACAUCCCUUCUGCUAGUAAUGUGACCAUUCGGAUACAGAAAUGUGCACAGAAGAAAGUGAUCUCAACAACGACAGCUGGACAGAGUCUCAGCCUUGAUGACCAGAUCCGCUCAGAGCUCAACCUGAUGAAGCCAUGGAAGUGUACGAAUGACUCCAUUGAGAUAGCCAUGCCCGGCUAUCUCAUACCUGGUUUAGAUCUGCCCAUCGCUGAAGUUACGCUUCAGGACUCCAAUUGCAAAGCUACAAAAAAUGGGUCCCAGUUUGUGCUGAUGAGCCUUCUGGAGAAAUGCUCCACCGUGGUGAAGGAUGGAAUCCAUGUCACAAAUAAGCUGAUCCUGACACUGGCUGGUCCUCAACAGGAAAUUCAGGUACCUUUUGGGUGCCAAAUCCCUGUCCAGGACCGAGAGAUGUCUCUGCAGCUCUUCCACAACCCAGAAUUCAGAUCGCCUUCCACUACCGUGCUGGAAGCCAACAAAGUGGCCUAUGUCCAGGUGCGACAUUGGAUGAAGGACGACAAGCUGGAGCUGGAGCUGCUAGAGUGCCAGCUGGAGCUGGCUGGGCAGGAGCCUCUGCCCCUGGUCAAAGACAACAAGCCCUGUAACCCCACAGUGGAAAUCUUACAGCUGCCAGAGCCCACUCUGGACAGAAAGACCCAGCGCUUCAGCUUCAUCUACAGCCCUGGAGACGACCAGCGGGCUCCCCCGACUGCCAGUCUUCUCUGCAGAAUUGCCCUGCAGUACAGCUCUGAGAACAGCACUGUCUUGAAAAAGGCUUUGAAGGUGACGCUGCAGGACUCCAAGUUCCCUCCACAGAAUCCGGGUCUAGGGAUGGGAGCCGUUCUGGGCAUCACCUUUGGAGCCUUCCUGAUUGGUGCCCUGCUCACCGCCGCGCUCUGGUACAUUUAUUCCCACACCCGUCCCACGGCCAAAAUGCAGCCAGUCUCUGUGAACCCACCUGCCUCCGAAAGCAGCAGCACCAGCCACAGCAUUGGCAGCACCCAGAGCACACCGUGCUCCAACAGCAGCAUGGCGUAGCCAGCAGCCUGCAGGGACCCCCUGCCCAGGAGAGGCUGGCAGAGGAUCCCCCCACCAUGGACCAUACCAGAGCCCCAACCAGCUGAGACCCCUGAGCUGGGCAGCAGGGAACUCUAGGGACCAAGAGACUGAGGAGCUGUGGUUUACUGCCCAUCCCACCACCUGCUGCUGGGAGAAGCUGCUGAAAUCAACCCCCCGCCCCCCGGACCACCCUGGAGCAGCAGGUGGCCCAUCAGAGCACCACCAAAAGAAGGAAGCUACCAACUGCACGUGCAGAGCUUGGCUGGAAGUCCAGGUUGGGAUGCCAGCACUGUCCGCAGGCUCUGAAUGUGCUCCUGGAGCCUCCAGGCCAGCUCUCCCCUUGCCCCGAGACUGGUCCUUUAGGCUAGUGGUGAACCCAGCUCAGUGCUGCUGCCCAGCCCGUCCCGAGAGCACUGACUGGUGCUCACCUGCUGCCCCGGGCUAGCUCUGAAUUCACAAACCAGAAGAGAGAGGCUCCAUCUUGGCGGCCUUUCCCCACCUCCCUCAAUGACCCUGUCUGCAUAGCCUGGCUGUGCAUUCAGCUCACGCAGUCAUUGAAUAGUUAUGUUUGCUCCCCAGAGCCCCUGCGCCACCCUGGGCCCUGCCCUUCCUCAGGGAACAGCCUGGCACAAAGUGAGCUCAGGAGCCAGCAUUUCAGUCAAGCAGAAACACCCCAAGAGUCAAGUCCUGCCCACUCCCUUCACCAACCCACAGC